AUGCCUCGCCGUAGCUCAGGAGGAAAGUCUGCCUCACGCUCUGCUCGCCGCACCAGCAAUCCUCCUGCAUCAGUGCACCCUAAUCCCGCCCCUGCUCCUGUUCGAGCUGGCAGUGCUGGAUCACUUGUCGGAAGCAUAGUUGAUGGCUUUUUUUGGAGUAGUGGUAAUGCAAUUGGGCAUAGGGUAAUUGAUGCAAUCUGGGGUCCACGUACCAUUCGAACUGAAACUGUGGCCACUGAAGUAACAACAGCUCCAGCCCUAGCUGCAAAUGCUACGAGUCAUUCUGAUGCUUGUGGUACACAGGCAAAGGCCUUCCAAGAUUGUCUGAAUAGUUAUGGCGAUGACAUUAGCAAGUGCCAGUUCUACAUGGAUGUUUUGUCCCAGUGCCGCUCAACCUCUGGGUCCGAGAUAAGUGCUUAA